AAACACAUAAUCCAGAAUCCCUCAUGUAUAUGAGGAGGCAGUAGGAGGCACCCUUUUGAGCUCAAAAAAGAAAACAUGGCUAUCUCCACCACCACUCUCCAUACCUGCACAGUUCAACACACUCGAAUCGCCAUUAACAGACUCCUCAACAUCUUCCAAUUGACAGCAGUACUAGCCAGGCUCUACUACCGAAUCUCCCACCUCUUCCUCGGCGACGUACAGGUCUUAUCAUGGGUCCUCAUCACCAUCUCCGAGCUCCUCUUCACCUUCCUAUGGAUCCUCUCACAGGCCUUCGAGUGGCGGCCCGUGGUUCGCACCGCCCACCCCGAAAACCUCCCCGCUGGAGUCGAGUUUCCGGGGGUUGACGUGUUCAUAUGCACCGCUGAUCCGACGAAGGAGCCCACUCUGGAGGUGAUGAACACGGUGUUGUCGGCCAUGGCGCUCGACUACCCGCCGGAGAAGCUUGGCGUGUAUAUCUCUGAUGACGGUGGUUCGCCGUCCACGUUGUAUGCUGUUAAAGAAGCUGGUCGUUUUGCUAAGUGUUGGCUGCCGUUUUGUAGGAAGUACGGUAUCAAGAUUAGGUGCCCCGAAGCUUUUUUUUCACCAUUAGGGGAUGGGGAAAGGCUUUGGAGUGAGGAAUUCAAAGCUGAGGAAGAAGAGAUCGAGUCAGCAUACAAAUUAUUCAAGCAAAAUGUGGAGAAAGCUGAAGGAUCUGGUGCCAUAGUUGUGCACGAUAGACCUCCUCAUAUUGAGGUAAUUCAUGAUAAUAGAAAGGAUGGAAUUAGCAAUGAUGACCAAGCUAAAAUGCCUCUUCUUGUCUAUGUAUCUCGAGAAAAAAGACCAUCUCAUCCUCAUCGUUUCAAGGCUGGAGCCCUCAAUGCUCUCCUUCGAGUUUCUGGGAUAAUGAGCAAUGGCCCAUAUGUGCUAGUAUUAGACUGUGACAUGUAUUGCAAUGACCCAACAUCAGCACGACAAGCAAUGUGCUUCCAUCUUGACACCAAGAUCUCUCCCUCUCUUGCGUUUGUACAAUAUCCGCAAAUGUUUUACAAUGUUAGCAAGAAUGAUAUCUACGACAGCGAAGCAAAAUCAACUUAUAUGUUGAAGUGGCAAGGCAUGGAUGGGCUAAGGGGCCCUCUGUUCACUGGUACAGGCUAUUACUUGAAGAGAAAGGCAUUAUAUGGGACUCCUAAUCAAGAGGAUGCUUUUCUUCAUGAACCACAAAAAAAUUUUGGUUUGUCUAGCAAAUUCAUCGCUUCACUAAAAAGUUCAAAUCAUCAAGACACUAGUGGGAAGGAAAUUCAAUCAGAUGCAAUUGUGGAUGAAGCCAAGAAUUUGGCGACUUGCACCUUUGAGAAAGGCACAAAAUGGGGUCAGGAGAUAGGCUACUCUUAUGUUAGCUUGUUGGAGAGCACAUUCACUGGGUAUCUAUUGCACUGUAGAGGAUGGAGGUCUGUGUAUCUUUAUCCAAAAAAGCCAUGUUUCUUGGGUUGCACCACUGUUGACAUGAAGGAUGGCUUGCUUCAAUUAAUGAAAUGGAGCUCUGGAUUGAUUCAAGUUGCUUUGUCAAGGUUUAGCCCUUUUACGUAUGGUAUAUCAAGGAUGUCUAUUCUUCAGAGCAUGUGCUACGGAUUCCUCACAUUUUCUCCCACUUACUUCUUGGCCAACUGGUUACAUGGAAUCGUCCCUCAACUAUGCUUUCUUAGUGGCAUUCCCUUGUACCCAAAGGUGUCAAGCCCGUGGUUUGUAGUUUUUGCAGCUGCAUAUGCAUUUUCUGUUUGCCAGCAUCUAUACGAAGUCUACUGUACUGGUGGCUCGAUUAGGACAUGGUGGAAUGAAGAAAGAAUUGGGGUAAUGAGGGCUGUAACAGCAUACUUCUUUGGGUGUCUGGAUGUUGUAAUGAAGAAGUUAGGUGUUGCAAAAGCGAAUUUCAGGUUGACAAACAAAGCCAUUGACAAAGAAAAGCUCGAAAAAUAUGAGCAAGGCAAAUUCGACUUCCAAGGGGCUGACAAGUUCAUGGUUCCCUUGAUAAUAUUAACCGUGUUGAACUUGGUUUGCUUCAUUGGUGGAGUGAAGAACGUCAUUUUUGAGGGGAAAUUGGAGGAGUUGUUUGCUCAACUUUUGAUUUCCUCUUGGAUUCUGUUAAUCACUUAUCCUGUGCUUGAAGAGUUCAUUCCAAAGAAAGGCAAGUAAAAGAUCUUGGAGGUCUUUUAUUGUUGCACAAUGGAGGUUGUUAUACUUGUUUGGAAGUAAAUUAAUGUGUUUUGAAAUGUUUUGACACAACUAUUGAUGUGUGUAGUGUUGUCAUUUCUUAAUUUUAUGGCAUUUUAUGUCUGUUCCUUUGAGUACUAUUAUCAACAUGAAUGGAGAUACGUGUGUCCAUUAUGAAA